CACAACAUUUUCGUGCAAAUUUUUUCCACUAUUUUUUUUUUUUGUUUUUGUUCUGGAUUUCAAAAGUUGUCACUUUGAGGAAAACAAUGUGUAUUUUAUUCUUCAUUUUGAAUAAAUUCCCAAAAGCGGAUCAAUAUAAAUUAAUUUUGGCUGCUAAUCGCGAUGAGUACUAUGCACGGCCAGCUUCGGUAGCUGAACGCUGGAAAGAAUGUGAUUUUGUUAUUGGCGGUCGUGAUUUGGAGCCGGGCCGCGAAGGUGGUACAUGGUUGGCAAUAAGUACUGGCACCAAGGAUAAAACAUUCAAAUUCGGUUCCUUGUUAAAUAUUACGGGUGAACCAAUUGACGAAAACGCGCUUCACCGCGGCAACUUAGUUGUGGAUUACGUGAAAAAUCCAAUAUCAAAUGUUGAAUACUGUCAAAAUCUCAUUGAUACAGACAAAAAAUUCAAUUCAUUCAAUUUAAUCACCAUUGAAAUUGGAGCGGAGAUAAAUCGAACCGUACAUUAUUCAAAUGUGAACAAUGUUGUACAAGAAUGGCCGUGCAAUGAACCGCUCGCGUUUGGAAAUAGUUUAUCACACGAGCCAUAUGAGAAAGUGAAAGCCGGCCGAGAGAAAUUUCGUGAAAUUAUUAAUCGUGAAAAUCAAUCAAAGGAUGACUUGGUAAAUUCUCUCAAGAAUUUUCUAUGUGACCGUGAAAAACAUUGGCCAGAUGAAGUACUGAACAGGAGAGUGUCUAAGUGGGCAGACAAAUUAUCUUCGAUAUGUGUACGGCAUGACGGUGCCAACUACGGAACAAGAACGCGAACCAUAAUAUUAAUCGAUGGAAAUAAUAAAGUUGAUUUCUAUGAAGAGACGAUGACAUCAACCAAUCCAGACGAUGCUUGGACUCGCACUCAUAUUCAAACUGAAUUUUGAAAACAAUUCCAUUUUUCUUCAAUUCCAAUUUUUUUCUAUUCAUUUGUACUCAUGUUUGUGCCUAAAAUUAUUGUGAUUAAAUGUUUAAUGUCUGAAUAACAA